AUGCAACACCCAUCAGAUUAUCACUUUGGUUUAGAUGCCGAUUUAGACGCUAAAAAGAAAGCUUUAUACGACAAAGGUCUUGAAGCUGAUAUUAAACAAUGGAUUGAAUCAACUAUUGGUGAAUCCCUUGGCUCAGAUUUUAUUGCAGCAUUACAAUCAGGUGUUAUUCUCUGCAAAUUAGGUAACAAAAUUAAACCAGGUUCAUGCAAAUCAUCACCAUCAAAAGCUCCAUUUAUCCAAAUGGAAAACAUUAACAGUUUCUUAAAUUUCUGUAAAGGUUUAGGUGUUGCCACCACUGAUCUUUUCAUGACUGUUGAUUUAUUUGAAACUAAAAAUCCAAAUCAAGUUCUUCAAGGUCUUUCAGCUGUUAAAAGAAUUGUUACUGGUGCUAAACCAGCUCCAGUUAAAUCAGCUUAA